UCGGUACGGCCGCACCGGCACGCAGUUACUCGCGGACUCGAUAACCGCGCGCACACACACGCAACGCGACCCACCCGUAGUCAAAUACAUUAUAAUCAUCUGUCGUACGGAUAAUUGUUAUCCGUCGGAUGCCGACAAUCGUCUUGUCGUCGCCCAUCAGCAGCACCAACCGCUCCACGAAACGUUCCGCGAAAUCGUUCCGUCUACCGCGGUCUUCGGCAUGAAGACGGCCGUCGCAGUGGCCAUCGCGCUGUCUCUGUGCGGAGUACUUCCGUUCGUCGCGCGUCCGGCAGUCGCUUUACCGGUAGCUGUAGAUGAACAAAAUGAAAGUGUAACGACUACUGUCGAGGUCUCUACCACUGCCCAACCUCUUGAGCCCACGACCGAAAAAGUGAUUCAAACCACAGCUGAACCAGUAGUGGAAACGACUGAGUAUGUCGAGACUACUACUACACCUAUACCUGAUACCACAACCGACAUUGAGCUCCAGACCACAACUGAACCAGUAGUGAGCACGACCGAAUACGUCGAGAUCACUGCUGAACCUACACCCGAUACCACUACUGAAAAUGUGGUUGAAACCACCACCGAAACGUUGGAAGUAACCACCACUAGCACGGAAGUUAGUAUACCAACAACAACGGUAACAGAGAGCGCCAACAACACGAUGCCAGUAGAAGUAGUCAAGGACAAGCUAAGCGAGCAGAUCAGGAAAAUCCUGAAACACUACCAGCGACCCGAUCCCGUUGGUUUUCCGGGUGCCCCGAUUCCCGAUCCACUAAGUAUACCCCCAAUGAACAAAGACUUUGGUAUGGCGUUCAUGACGUUCAAAAACAUGACCGUACACGGACUGUCCAAAUUCAAAGUGGAACAGGUCAAUACGGACUUAAAAAAUAUGCGAGUGUACGUGCUAUUGAAAAUCAAAAGGAUGUACGUGCUGGGCAACUAUACGCUGAGGUCGUGGCUGACCCGACCGGCGGCGGGCCCGUUCAACGUGACGCUCAUCGACGUGGAAGCCGCCGCAGAGGCUGCGCUCGAACCGGACGAGGACGGCGUCCUGCAGGCCACCGACACAGAGAUGGACAUGCAAUUCAAGGACUGUGAGUUGGACUUCAAGAAUCUCGGGUUCGCCGCUUCCAUGUUACAGGGCGUGAUCAGCACGAUGGGGUCGGUGCUGUUCGAGGGAAUCAAGCCGUUCAUCAUCACCGAGGUGAACACCAACCUGCGGGCGGACGUCAACGCCCAGGUGAAGGCCAUCACCAGCAAGCUGCCCAAGAUGACGGUUCCGGUGCCGGACAUGGCGGUGGCCGAAGGCAGGUCGUACGUCCGGCGGAUGGGCUUCGACCCGUACCACAUCGCCGACCGGCACAUCAAAGAGGGACCGCUCAACUUCACCAUCACCGAGCUGACCGUUGCCGGGCUGUCCGACUUCCAGCGGGUGGGCGACAUCGGGCUACAAGUCCGCGGCCCCGUGCUCCAGCUGGCCGUGCACGUCAUCACCGGCUCGGUGAACGGGUCGCUGCGGUGGAGCUACCAGCUGGGCCUGACCAAGACGUUCGGCCGGACUGGCGUGUCCAACUUCACCGUGGACCACAUCCAAGUUCGAGCGCUGGUCAACCAGACGCUGGACAUCCGCAACAAACCGGUGCUGGAGAAGCUCGACAUCGAGGUGGGCAAGAUUGAGGUGCAGAUGGACCGGAAGGAGCCGCUCGACUACGUCAUCGAGAUCGCGGUCAACUCAUUGCCGUCGCUAUUGCGGCACAUCAUAGUCGACGCGCUCGAGGAGCCCAUCAAGAUGAAGGUGCAGACCAUACUGGAUGACAUCAAGGUGGAGAAGCUGGUCGAGGACAGGCUGCCCGAACUCGACCGGUUGGCCGGCGAUUAAACGCCUGCCAAGCUCACGCCCCGCGUCCAUCCUUAUCGUCGAUCCUUUUCAAUCCGUCGCCUAUUACGUCAAAUUCCGGGCCACGGAUUUACAUAAAAUGUACAAAACAUAUUUUAUUUCAAUAGGUAAACGUUAUUGGGACCAGUGUCGGCUGCUUCCACAAAUAUCUACAGUAUAAUAUUAUAUCGCACGUCUUAUACGAAUAACCUCAUGCAUGGUAUGUAGAUAGGCAUUAACUUAAAGUUAUAACCGGUUUUUUUUUAAGUAGGUUUUUCUAUUUUAGUAUCUACGAAUACUGCAAAUAAUAAAAAUUGUAUAUUAAUAUGUUGUAUUAGGUAAUAGCGUCUAGAAACUUCAAAUUUUCAAAACCGAUUUUAAUUCGAUAAACACGCAUGUGUUAUUACAUUGUUUACGAUAUUCAACGUUAUGUUCACGUAAUAAUGUUUUAGAUUACAAUAUUAUAUAUUACGUAUGUUAUUAUUGUACAUAACGAUUUGUAAUACUAACUGAUUUAAUAAAAUAGGUACACAACAAAUUGUUUAUUAUACGAUAUUAUAAGUAUAUAGAAAUGCGCAGUAGGUACAUCAUUCACGCGAUUCGUCAUUCGGAAUUUUCUAUACACACUUUGUUAUUACGAAAUGUAAAUUAUAUGGGUAAACAUUUCGAUGUCUGUUUAUUAUCUAUCGCGAUUGUAACAUCCUGCGCGUAUUAUAGGUAAAGGUAAUAUAAUAUGUGUGUAACUGUACGAACAUUGUAUUUGUGUGUAAUUUUAUCUCUGUUUCAUCAUUUGCGAUUAUGAAAUAUAUGGGUCACAUUAUACUGAGACUA